GAGCGCCAAAAGCCCGGUGUCCGCGCCGGCGAGUGUCAGCGAGCGGGCGGCGCGCCGCCAUGACAUUCCUUUUCUUCUUCCCGCUACGAUCGCCACAACGUGACUCCACGAUUGCUCACAAUUUAUUGUAAUAAUUAAUUAGUAAUAUACAAAUAUCAAACAAAAUCUGUGCCUCAUUGAAGACGACGAUACCAUUAUUACUCAAGUUUCGAGCCGGAUGCACUCGCCGCUUUGGGUGUAUGACGUUGAGAAGUCGUCGGGCACAGGUUGGCACGUGGCGCAUCACGAACAAGGCGAGACUCAUCUGGUGCUAGCUGGGACACAAUUAAGAAAAUCGCUGUGCUGUUUGCUGUACUCAACAAAGAAACCUUGAAGAAUUUCCAGGCUGGAUCGAGAAACCAGGAAGGGUUUGCAGUGUGGUAUAAGUGAGUCCGUUCCAAUCAUUUAAAAUGGCGCCCGAAAUUAAUGCUUGUUACUAGUUAAAACCUUUUCCACUUUCUCAACAGAGAAAUAUCCACGUUCAAUAUUGCGUCAUCUAGUAUAACCUAGAUGAAUGUACACGUUGCACAUGCAUAUUAUCAUUCGAUUCAUCGUAAUUUAUCUCAUUUAAUUGUAAUCCUGUGACGAUUUCAUUUCAAGAACAUUUCAUUUCUCUUUCAGAGGUCUGGUUUACUGUGUUGUGUCAGUUUGUGCCAAUACAGUGCAAUCCAUUGUAAAAUUCUAACUGUUUUUCAACAUUCCAGCGGAUCCGAGGGCGGUCAAGUCCACGACGCGCGGCCUACGUGACUCGCGACGCACGCGCCAGUCAUACCCACCCUCUCUGCUUCGCACAGUUUCUGUCGCUGCUUGCCUGCAAAUAUUUGUUGCUUGCCAUAUCAAAACUUAAGUAUUGCACGACAUUAUUCUUUCACUAUACUCAAUUAAUCGCGGGUUAUGAUCUAAUUUAUUUAUGAUCAUUUUGCUUUUCGCUGGGCAGUUUGAGACUGGUUUCAUUGCACUUAUUGACUUGUUUGCACAAUGGAUCUUAAAUCGUUAAAGAAAACCAGAGCUAGUCAUAAAGCAAAGCUUACCAUAUUUAAAUCAUACAUAGAAACAUUUUUGCCUAAUAAAAUCCUUAAUAAGGUUCAAGUUCUUGAAAUAACAGCUCGUUUAAAUAAAAUAUUAGAGUUAUACAGCGAGUUUGAUUCUAUUCAGACGGAUAUUGAAGGUCUUGUGGAAAUUCCAGGUGAAGAGCACAAGGAACGGGAAAUAUUUGAAACAAGCUACUUCGGCUGCGUGGCGGUUGCACAGGAGCUGUUGAGUGCUGCCUCUGCGGAGCAGGAGACCGGAUCGGUGACGGGUUCUAGUGACAGCGCUGGAAAGCCGGGUGGGCCAAACAUUAAAUUACCUACUAUCAAAUUGCCGAUCUUCACUGGACGCUAUCAGGAGUGGCUAGAAUUUCACGACACUUACAAAUCACUCAUACACGACAACACAACUAUACCCAAAAUUCAUAAAUUUCAUUAUUUGCGAAAUUCAUUAAAGGAUAAUGCAGCUUUAAUUAUUAAAUCAUUAGAAUUCUCCUCAGAUAACUAUGAUGUUGCAUGGGAUUUGCUAUGCAAUCGAUAUCACAAUGAUCGAAUUUUAAUUAACAAUCACAUACAAGAAUUAUUCAACAUACAACCAGUAGUUGAAGAAUCCUCAAAGGCCUUAAGAAACACAAUAGAUUCAGUCAAUAAAAACUUAAGGGCUUUAAAAACAUUAAAGUUACCUACUGAACAUUGGGACAUGAUUAUUAUACACAUGGUGACUAGUAAGUUAGACUCAUCUACAAUACGUGAUUGGGAAAAGGAACGUAACAACAUUACACACCUACCCACUUUACAUGAUUUCAAUAAAUUUUUAAAAAAUCGUGCUGAUAUACUAGAAACCGUGGAAGAAUCCUCAACACAUAAAAAACAGCAACAGACACAGCGUAGACACAGCGAUAUCACUCACAAUCGUCCUAAGACAUUCCUAGUUAGCCAAACACAAAAGCAAGCGCGCUUUAAAUGUCCUGUGUGCAAGGGUCAUCACACUAUUUACCAAUGUACAAAGUUCAAAUCAAUGCCAAUUGAGACACGGAUUGAACAAGUCAAACAAUUAAAUUUAUGCACAAAUUGUUUGCGUUCAGGACAUGAUGAGCAGCGAUGUAGGCUUAGUUCCUGCAGGCUGUGUACACAGCGCCAUAACACAAUGUUACACAAUAAUACUACUGUUCCUAAGGCUUCAACUUCAUCAGAAGGUUGUGUCGUUUUACCCACAGUACAGGAACAAAAACAACCACAAUCAAGUAGUGUCACACUCUCAUCAAUAAAUCACUGUCAAGUACUCUUAUCCACUGCAGUGAUUAACAUACAAGAUUUACAUGGUCACACAUACAAGGUUCGUGCGCUACUUGACAAUGGAAGCACAUCUAGUUUCAUCACAGAAGCAUUGCGAGUUCAAUUAGGGAUACCCAGUUAUUCCACUUCUCUAUUAGUACAAGGAUUGAACAAUCAGUCCUCAGAAAUUACACAAAGAUGUGACGUCACUAUAUCGUCACUUACAACCAGUGGUUACACAACUGACAUCAAUUGUUUCGUUGUGCCACAUAUCACCCAGUUGAUACCUACAUCACCAAUUAAUUGCAAUUCAUUUUCCAUUCCCCCUCGCAUCCACCUCGCGGAUCCAAAUUUCUCAACUCCGUCAGAGGUGCAGAUGUUGCUAGGGGCGGACAUCUUUUGGGAUGUCCUUCUAAAUAAUCAUAUUUCCCUGGGUAAAAACAAGCCAACCUUGAUUGAAACAACAUUAGGGUGGCUCGUCACAGGCUCAGUACAAUCAAAUAAAUCUACCAAUAAUAUCAACCAAUCACAUACAGUCCAUUGCCAUUUUUUAAAUAAUAACAAUAUCGAAGAGAAAUUAGACAAGUUCUUUGAACUAGAAUCAGUUCCCACUACUCAACAAGUCCAUACAAAGGGUGAGAGUGAGUGUGAACAAAUUUUCAAAACUACUACUAAACGCCACACAGAUGGCAAAUUCAUUGUCACAAUACCAUUCAAGGAAUCACCUGAAGUUUUAGGCGAUUCCAAGCAGCAAGCUUUAAUACGGUUUCAAUCUUUGGAACGUAAAUUCAAACGCAACCCAGAGUUCAAGGAAAAAUACACACAGUUUCUUGAUGAAUAUUUAGCUCUAGGUCACAUGUCAGAAAACACAACUCCACAUAACGAUAGCAUUUCAUACUUCAUGCCACACCACGGUGUGCUGCGGGAAGAUAGUUCCACCACAAAGUUACGCACCGUCUUUGACUGUUCAGCUGUGACAAGCACGGGCAAGUCAUUGAACGACAUUCAGCAUAUUGGGCCAACUGUACAGGACGAUUUACUUAGCAUUUUAAUUAGGUUCCGACAGUACAAGUUUGUAGUGACGUCAGACAUCGAAAAGAUGUUCAGGCAAGCCUAUGUAAAUAAUACUCAACGAUGUUUACAACAAAUAUUUUGGCGAUCAGAUUCUAGCCAACCAAUCAAACAAUACAAGUUAAACACUAUCACAUACGGAAUGGCUUCAGUUGGGCCAAGAAUGCACUGAUAAGGAUGUACGUGAAUCAAUUUUACACGACUUCUACGUGGAUGACUAUGUCGCGGGACAUGAGGAUGAAACCACAUUAAUACAAAGAUGUAAAGGCGUUAUUCAAGUGUUAGAGAGCGCUCAUUUCCAUUUACGCAAAUGGCGGUCUAAUAAACCGUCUAUAGUUGAUGAAAUUACCUCUAGUGAAGUCACUAAACCAGAUGAUGUAUCAAACCUAAACAAGGUUGAUCGUGCAAAAACAUUAGGUUUACUCUGGACCUGUAAGAAAGACACAUUACUGUUCUCAGUGAACAAUAUUUCAAAAAAUAAACACAUAAACAAACGCACAAUUCUAUCCACUAUUGCCCAAGUGUUCGAUCCGCUUGGCCUAAUUAAUCCUUGCAUGUUACAGGCAAAACUCAUUCUACAAACACUGUGGGCUAAAAACAUCACAUGGGAUGACCAGUUACCUGCAGAAGUUGAGUCACAAUGGCAUGAUUUUAUUGAAUACUUACCAGAAAUUACUAAAAUUGAAAUACCUCGUAGAGUGUUGUGUGAUUCAUACAUUAAGGUCGAAUUACACGCAUUUUCUGAUGCCUCCAUUAAGGCCUUCUCAGCCUGUGUAUAUGUACGUACAGUCUCCGAUACUGGGAAUGUACAAGUACAACUGCUACUUUCAAAGAGCAGGGUGGCGCCACUAAAACAUAAGCUUACUAUGCCUAGGUUAGAGCUUUGCGGCGCCCUUCUAGCUACUAGGUUAAUGGAUAAGGUAGUAAAUUCAUUACGUUUAAAAAUUGACUCAAAAUUCUAUUGGUGUGACUCAACUAUUGUGCUGGGCUGGAUUAAAUCAUGCAAAUUAAAAUUGAAACAAUUUGUCUAUAAUAGAAUUCAUGAGAUUACUAAUAAUUCUGAUCCUAAUUCAUGGAAUUACAUUCCCACAGAAAUGAACCCGGCAGACAUAGGUUCACGCGGGCUCAAUGCAGCACAAUUACAAUCUUCACUUUUGUGGUGGGGAGGUCCCCACUUCCUACACCAAACAACCAUGCAAUUGCCUACACAACCAAAAAAUUUAAACAUCGCUAGUUUGCCAGAAAUUAAACAUCAAUGUCAUUUGUCCACAGAUGAAUCACACUGUCAUAAUACACACAUAAACUUUUUCAUGAAUUUUUCAGAUUUUGGUAAAUUACAAAGAACUGUAGCUUACGCCAAAAGGUUCAUUUUUAAUUGUCAACAUACUAACAAUAAAAUGACAGGUCCAUUGACCGUCAAAGAACUCAAUUCAGCUUUGCAAGUAUUAUGCAAGCAAGUACAACGUGAUUCAUAUUGCAAACAAUACUUACAGUUGCUUCAGAAACGCCCAUUGUCGCCUAAAGACAAACUCUUAAAAUUUAAUCCAUUUAUUGAUCAGGCAGAUGUUAUAAGAGUAGGAGGCAGAUUAUCAAACUCACACUAUGACUACAACACCAAGCACCCUAUCUUACUUGACGCAUCACAUCAUAUAACUAAAAUAUUAGUUGCACACUAUCACAAAAUACUAUUACAUGCUGGACCACAGCUGUUGUUAUCAACAUUACGUCAUAAAUACUGGAUAGUUAAUGGUCGUAAUCUUUGUAGAAAAACAACUCGAGAUUGCAUAUCUUGCCUUAGAUUUGCAGGAAAAACUUACCAACCUAUCAUGGGUAAUCUACCUAUACAAAGAUUGCAAGCAGACUAUCCCUUCAGUAAUACAGCUGUUGAUUAUGCUGGUCCCAUCAUGAUAGCGAACAGAAAGGGUCGUGGCUGUCAGUUAAAGAAAGCAUACAUAGCUGUUUUUGUUUGUCUAGCAGUGCGGGCAGUGCACAUAGAACUCGUGACCGAUUUGAGUUCUGAAGGCUUUAUUGCAGCCUUAAAUCGGUUUGUUGCUCGCAGAGGUAAGCCAGCGACAAUAUAUUCAGAUAACGGAACUAAUUUCGUGGGCGCUUGCAACGAAAUAGCUAAGUUUCUAAAAAAUCAAUCUAAAGAUAUUACUUCAUAUGCUGCUGAUAAUGAAAUCAGUUUCAAAUUUAGCCCUGCCUAUAGCCCACAUUUUAAUGGCGUAGCAGAAGGGUCGGUUAAGUCAAUUAAAAAACAUUUGAAUCACAUCUUUUCAAUGGCUCAUCUAGAUUAUGAAGAAAUGAACACUGUAUUGGUUCAGAUUGAGGCAAUACUGAAUUCCAGACCUCUCACUCCAAUUUCAUCUGAUCCAUCAGAUUUAAUUCCACUCACACCAGCGCAUUUUUUAAUUGGACGGACAUUAACUAUGCCACCUGCUCCCCAGGUUGACCAGGCUCCACUUCACACGCUUACCAGAUACAGAAGGCUACAGUCUCUGAAAACACAUUUUUGGAAUCGAUACUACAAGGAGUACGUUUCAGAAUUGCAGAUCCGAAACAAAUGGCGCACAGACAAGGGACAGCCGCAACCAGGAGAUAUGGUCCUCAUCAAGGACGACCGCCUGCCUCCCAACAGAUGGCUGCUGGGCCGUGUCACCACAGUCUACCCUGGCACAGACGG